AUGGUUGUGGGAACUACUUUAGGAGAUUCAAGUUCAACAUUACUUGGGGAUAGUUGGGGUGUCUCCGGAGACAGCCAAGUUGUGAAGGUGAAGGAUUUAAGCCCUGCUGAUAGGUUUAGACGGAUUAUAGAAGAAGAGCAGCGUUUGUUUGAAGCAGAAGGAGGUGAUGUUUCUUUAGAGCCUCCUGCUGCUGCUGCUGGUGCUGCUGCUUCAUCGUCUUCUGCAGCAGAAGCAGCAGGUGCGCAUUCUUCUUCUGCUGGAGUUCUGCUCUACCCUGUACAAACACCCCAUCGGCGUCGCCCCUCUAGGAGAACUUCUGCUGCAGCAAAAGCAGCAGUAGGGCUGCUGCCGUCUGCCUUUCUCUUCUCUCAAGUUAUGGCGGGGGCGAGGAUGAAGGAGAAAGUUUUAGAUGGGACCUCUUUCAGAGGAUUUGAUUUGCCGGACGGACUCCCAGAUUCACCUAAUUCACUCACAACAGACGGCUUUGAGUCUCCUCUGUUCCCUGGGUCUCCAACAACAGUAAAGUCAGCAUUAUCAGCAGCAUCAAUAGCAGGGUCAGGAGCAGCAACAGCAACAGGCAUGGACGUGUAUGAAGAAGAAGACAGACUGAACAAGUGGAAGCACGCAUUGACUUCAAAGCCUGCAAUUGCAGCUUCGGGUGUACUUGCAGCUGCUGGGGGUUUAUACCUUUUACGAUAUUUGCUGCAGCAAUGGCGGCGGCGGCGACAUCGCAGCAGCAGCAGCAGCAGCAGCAGCAGCAGAGGUGUGCUGUCUGCGCAGACAGCUCGAUGGGACUUAGAAAGGUGUUUGCUUAUUAUUGAUAUCCAAGGAUCUCAAGAAGAAGGUCUUAUAAGAGGGAGAUAUGCGCCGGGCUCAGCAGCAGUACGUGUAGAUCUGCAUAGACAGAGCGCUGUCUUAUCUUAUUUUGUCUACCCUUCUGUCUUAACGUCUCCGUUUAGGGGGUUGUUAAGAAAGAAAGAGAAAAUAGAGGAAGUGCUUUAUCUACCUACAGACUUCUGCUAUGUUUCGGCUGCUGGAGCUGCUGCUGGAGCUGUUGCUGCUGCUGCUGAUACUGCUCCUGCUGCUGCUGCUGAUACUGCUGCUGCUCCUCAUGCAGAGUACUCCAGCAGCAACAAUAAUAAUAAUAGCAGGAACAGCAGCAAAGGAAAGAGCAGCAAGAGCAAAGACAGCAAGAACGCCAGCAGCAGCACCAAGGGAACCAGCUCCAGCACCCACAGCAACAGCAGCAGCAACGUGAAGAGCAGCAGCAGCAGCAGCAGCAGCAGCAGCAGCAGCAGCAGCGGGAAAAGUUACCUGAGGGAAUAUGAGAAGAAGAGCUCGUUUGGGCGUAGGCGUACUGUUGCAGUUGUUGUGCAGGCAGAGAGAUCAAGAGGGUUAGAAUUGUUAGCAGCAGCAAAGGGGGCAGCAGCAGCAGCAGCAGCAGCUGGACAUCCUCCUGCAGAUCUAGCAGAUGCAUUGCUUAUGAAACACAUAGGUGCAGCAGCACCACCAGUAGAGCUCGAGACGACCCCGCAUCCUGCUGCUGCUGCAGCUGCAGCUGGCGGCGGUGGGGACACAGAUCCGGGUGAAGCAGCAGCAGCAGCAGCAGCAGCAGCAGUAGCAGCACUGGAAGAAAAAACAGAGAUAGGCAAAGGGUGCGGAGGCGCUACCUUAACUGCAGAAGCUGUCUCUGUUUCUUAUAGCGGAACUACUUGCUGCGUGCAUGCAGCAGUUGAGCAUUUAGGGGGAGUUAAUGUAUUUGCUGAUGUUGCAGCACAGGCGUUAGUUAUUGCUGCUGCUGAAGACACCCCAGCAGCAGCAGCAGCAGCAGCAGCAGCAGCAACAACACCAGCAGCAGCCGCAGCGUUGGGACCGGAGUGCCGCAUCUUGCUGCCAAGACACUGCUAUUUAGCAGCAGCAGCAGAUGCAUAUUUUUCUUCGUCUUUGUUUACUUUAAAUAUACACGAGGAGACAGAAGAAGAUCUAUUACGGGGUGGAGACAAACAAGCUAUUAGCAGCGCUGCUGCUGAGGGGGCGGUAGUUCCUGCUGACGCAGCAGCAGCAGCAGCAGCAGCAACAGCAACCGCAGCAGCAGCAGCAGCUGAAGGGAUUAGUAUAAAAUCAAGUGAGAGGGAAUGGAGAGGGAGAGACAGCAGCAAAGGAGACAGCAGCAAAGGAGACAGCAGCAAAACAGCAAACAAGACGUAUCAGCAUGUUGAGGUUCGCUUCAGGCCUCUCCCUAGACCGAAGUUAAAUGUUUCUCUAGGUAUGCAGGAGCCACGGCACCUGCGCAAUUAA